AUGAGAAUUGGUCCCUGCCCAGGUCAGACGAGCAGAGGGUGGAGACCAGAAGAAAGGAAUACCAUCUACCCCAUCCUCCUACCUGUCCUGGCCUUUCUCUUCCUGCCAUUGGGCAGUACCCUGCAACCUACUCCAUUACCAUUUCCAGAGGUGAGGCUGGUGGGGGGACCCAGCCGCUGCCAGGGCCGGCUGGAGAUCCUGUACAAUGGUUCCUGGGGGACCGUGUGCGAUGAUGACUGGGACGUGGUAGAUGCCAAUGUAGUCUGCCGCCAGCUGGGCUGCGGGUAUGCCUUGCCCGUGCCCUUGCCCCUUGCCUUUGGCCAGGGCCGGGGCCCCAUCCAACUGGACAACGUGGACUGCAAGGGACAGGAGGCGGCCCUAAGUGAGUGUGGUAGCCAUGGCUGGGGUGUCCAUAACUGCUAUCACUACGAGGAUGUGGCCGUCAUGUGCGAUGAGCUCUUACCAACGCUGGCCAGGAAAGUGUUAACAAGUGGAGCCCCCAUCACCAUCCCUCUGAAAAAUGGCAUAGGUGAUGGCAGCAUCCGCCUGGUGAGAGGUGCCAACCCCUGUCAAGGCCGAGUGGAGAUCCUGCAUGGUGGUACAUGGGGCACUGUGUGUGAUGAUGACUGGGGGCUCCCAGAUGCUACCGUGGUCUGCCGCCAACUGGACUGUGGUAGUGCUGUGGCUUCUAAGACCAAUGCCUACUUUGGUUAUGGCACUGGCCAUAUCUUUCUAGACAACGUCCACUGUGAUGGCCGAGAGCUGCGCCUUGCAGCAUGUCCCAGCCUGGGGUGGGGCAUCCAUAACUGUGGGCACCACGAGGAUGCUGGUGUCAUCUGCUCAGGACGCAGUGUUCCCACUGUUAUGUCCUCACCAUCCCUGGUCACCCCUGAUGACAAGGUCAGGCUCACUGAACCAGCCACAGUAACAGAAGCUGCUGUGGAGCCCACUAGAGAAACCACCAUUCUUACCAUGGCCCCAGGAAAGAAAAGUGGCCGCCUCCGCCUGGUAAGUGGGAAUGGCCCCUGCCAGGGCCGCGUGGAGGUUCUCCAUGAAAGCCGCUGGGGCACGGUGUGUGAUGAUGACUGGGAUUUUGCUGAUGCCCAGGUAGCAUGCCGGGAGGCAGGCUGUGGGCGAGCAGUGGGGGCCACUGUUCUGGCCUACUUUGGCUAUGGGAAAGGCCCUGUCUUGCUGGACAAUGUGGACUGCACAGGCAUGGAGGCCCACCUGGCAGACUGCUUCCAUUUGGGCUGGGGCCAGCACAAUUGUGGACACCAUGAGGAUGCAGGUGCCAUCUGCAGGGGGGUAGAGGAGUCAGGACAGCAGGUCUGGCAAGAUGUUCCUGAGACUACGACAAAGGUGGUAGCCAGCGUACCUCCCCGGGAUGGCCAUCUCCGUUUGGCAAAUGGCAGCCACUGGUGUGAGGGUCGGGUGGAGCUGUAUCUCCUUCGUCAGUGGGGCACCGUUUGUGAUGAUGCCUGGGAUUUGCGGGCUGUGGGUGUGGUGUGCCGCCAGCUGGGCUGUGGGGAAGCCCUGGCAGCCCCCGGAGAGGCUCGGUAUGGCCCAGGCCAGGGCCUCAUCCUCCUGGACAACGUCAAAUGUCGGGGCAGCGAAGCCUCCCUGCUCCAAUGCUCUCACAUCCGAUGGAAUGCACACAACUGUGACCAUGCUGAGGAUGCUGGGGCCCAGUGCCAGCCACGGUGA